AUGCAGUCGGCGGCAAAUGCGACGCGUCGAGCACCAACAAAGCAGAAAUCUCUGGCGGAAUACAUGCGUUCCAGGGAGGUGUAUCGAAAUGAAAAUGUGGCGCUGCUUGUGGACGCGUUUCGCCACACACACGCGUACGCAAAGUCGUCCGGGGGACCUAAGGAGGGCUGCAGCCUGGCAGGAGAGCUCCGACCGUUUCGCGUGUUAUUUUUUCUCUCCCAUUUCCACUCCGAUCACUACAAUGGCAUCACAGAGGGUUGGAACCACGGAACCGUCUACGCUAGCCGUGGCACCGCGAAUCUGUUGUGCUGGCGAUUGGGAAUUCCGGAGACACGCGUAAAACGCAUGGAUUUUUGUGUUUCCUACGUUUUCUCGUUAACGAAUGGCGCGUUACUGUACGAGAAGAGAGAGGAUGGAGAAGGCCAGAGCUGUGCCGAGGAAUGUUUUUCACUCACGCUGCUUCCGGCAAACCAUUGUCCAGGCGCCGUGAUGUUUCUCUUUCGCUCCUCUGUCUUUGGGACGGUUCUCCACACGGGGGACUUUCGAUUCACCCAGGAGGAGUUUGCCUUUUCUCAGCGGCCUGAGGCGCCGCGAAUGGUGCCGCGCACCCACGCGGAAGUGGAAAUGGCCAAGAACCCCGUCAUGAGGUCGGUUGCGGGGGACGUAGAUGUCCUUUUCCUCGAUAAUACGUUUUGCGACAGGCGCUUCAGUUUUCCCUCUCGUGCGGAGAGUUUGCGGGAGGUGAAUCUGGCGCUUUUAUCUUUGUUCCGCGAACACACACCAACCCUGAAAUCUGAAGCCGAACGGGUGGCCCCACUGGUGCAGGAGGGGAAGGAAGACGCGGUGUCUGUGGCCGUUUUUAUUGGAGCCUACUUUAUUGGGAAGGAACGCAUCGCACUUUCUAUUCAAGAGAGUUUUCCCCUGGCGUCGGCCGAGGACUCGAAGUGUGACGUUGUUCCAACGUACGUUUCCCCCGAGAAGUAUGAGGCGCUGAGGCAGCUGGACUAUCAUCCAGACCGUUUCGUGCCAUUGCCCCGACGUCAAGCUGUGGUGACGGGCGAGGGUUCAUCAUUGGAGCUUUUUGCCAGGCACGCGGUGAGGCUUCCACAGGACGCAUUAUCGUCUUCACCACAAGUUGCACGCGGUCUUUUGUCGUCGUUUGAGCUGGCAGAGGCCCCGAGUAAGACGACAGUGUGUUAUUUGACAAUUUUUCUUGUUCCGUUUUCCUCCGUGACGUAUCCAGCUCUUGCUGCGGCGUGUGGAGGACGAUCCAAACGACGCCGUGACGACGGUACUGCUGAGGAAACUGCAGGAUAUGCUCACCAGGAGCCCUCUUUGCGUGCUGAAGCUAUUUCGCUUUGGGGUGAGGAAGUGGUUGAACUCGAGCAGUUCAACGGGGUUCUCUGUGUGGAGCCUACCGGAUGGACCCGCAAGGUUAGCAGGCAUCCCAUUAGCAAGCGUGUGACGUUGCUUCGUGUCCCCUACAGUGAACACAGCAGUUUUACAGAGCUUGUGGAUUUCGUGGGAUUUUUGAACCCCAGACGUAUCGUGCCGACAGUGUCCCCGGAGCUCUUCAAAAAGUAUGAGGUGUGCUUUGCUGAAAGAGCUCCACGCCUGCGUCAGCGUUACGCCAAUGUUCAGCCCCUCUCUCGCUUUUUGGUUCCAAGGCAUCUUCUCGCGGUGGGAGGGAGUGACACGAAGGCCUUGGAAGGCCCGUGUGUCAACGCCGGAGGGCGGAGGAAGCAGCGAAACCCGUUUGCCCCCAUUGCGACUGUCGAAGAGGUAAUAUUCAUAGAUGAGGAUUGCGAGAAGCGCAGUCCCUUGGAUUCUGACUUUGUUCAGGUAACUGACACACUAAAUAAGGAGAAGGAAGAGGUUGCGGGAGAGACGGAGUCCUUGACUCUGAUGAGCGGUGCAGAGCUUGCAGUUGUCACUGACGCGGUUGGUUCCACUGGCAACCUGCUGACGCGGGGAGGGUGUGAAAAGGAAGUCGCACUAAACGCAGUCGGCAGUGGGCGGAUGGACACAACACUGUUGACCCGUCACGGGAGUCGUUCGAAUAGCGUGAGCGCGGAUGACAGAAGUGACAGCCGUGACUGUGUCUGCGUGCUAGUCCGGCCACACUUCAUUGAGGUGAGUGACUCCUCGAACUGA